AAGGCGAUAACAGCGUUCACACAUCGGCUUAUGCUUCGGGUUGUUUCUAUGCACUUAUUUGCAUACGCGUUCAGAUUUUUCCCUGUAGUCUAUGUGAACCAAAUUAGUUCGUGUGUUUCUGUUUUUAGCCGAGGUUUAUGUUUUGAGAGCAAACUUUAAAGCAGACGAGCUGUUGCAGGUGUUCAAGUCUGGAUGUGCUUCGGUAAAGCUCAGUGUUGGAACAGAGAAGAUGAGCUGAUGAGCUGAUAUUGAGGUGUUUGCUAACUACUGUGGUUGAUUUUUGAAUGGGUUGAAUCGCAUGACCACAACAAUGUCUACCAGUAAAUCUGUGGCCAGAAGAGCAAUUCUACAGGCCGCCAGGACUAGGUGGAACAGGACGGAUCACUUUGAUAUUGCUCCUAUGAUCAAUUCGGACACAAGAAAGUGUGAUGAAGAUAACGUAGAGCGCUGGUUUACGGCAAUCUCAAAGGAUGAUAUGAAACCAGAAGUUGACCUGGAAACGUCAGUGAAGACUAUAAGAAGAAACAAGAGCGGAGAAGAUGAUCUGGCACUGGGAGUGGAAGCAUCUUUAUAUGGCAAACACUCUCUCAAGACUGUACGAGACCUUCUGAGGUCAUCUCAAGAUCCUCCUGCUCUGUCAAAGUGGAACAGUGUUGCAUCGAAUGUCUCAAUACCAUCUGACGUCAGCAUAAUGGACAUGUUGAACAUACUGCAGGAUGACCCUGAGGAACUGUUGCUGGAUUUGGGUUUUGGCACUGAGGAGCCUGACAUUACAGGGAGAAUCCCAGCCCGAUUCCUCAAUAACAAGUCCUGCGCUCGUGGCAUCAGCUUUCAGCUCUUUCUGGAAGCUCAGCAGAACCGAAUGGACAUUGAAAACGUGGAUGUCAGAAAUCGGUUUAGACAACUCGAGGUUCUUCAGCAGGUCACCACAACGUUCUCCUCUCUGGUCGGUGGAAGUACUCAGAAUGUGGACACAUCUACAGCCUCCCGGAUGUCCGCAGAAGCACGAGAGAAGAGAAAACGUAUGGCCAUGAUUCUGCGUAGAGCCUACAAGAAGAGCCUCAGUCAAGCCAAAACGUUACAGAAUCAGCACAUGCCCUCUCGUGUGACCUCCUCAUCCAUAUCCAGCCCAGAAUCAUCUGGGAUGCCAAUGGUAGAUAAAAGGAUCCCUUCCAAAUCCACAAUAUUGUUAGAAAACUGUCUCUCCCCAUUAGAAGAGGAGCAGAGCAUUAAUUUAGAGGCAGCUGAGCCGGUUCUAAACAGUCCGAUGGUAAGAGGAACAUCAGACCUUCUGAAGCUUGACUCUGUCCCAUCUUCAAUUGAAGAGAGUCUGCAACGGCCUGUUGAAUCUUUUGAGCUGGACGAGGUCCAGAGUUUUGAUGAGGGAAGUGUACCUGGGAGCUGCAAUGGUCCAGUGGAUCCUGGAGUUGAACGAAACGGGUCUUACGUGAUGAGAACAAACAGUUGUCAGUCAGACAGCAGCGGCUUCCUAGAGGAGCCCUUCAUACCUGCGCUAUCCCCGCAAAACAACCCAGGACCCAAGCUCACGAAGAUGCUGAAUGCAAUAUCAAAAGAUAGUAAAGAGGAUCAACAGAAGAGAUUACAACAGCGAGAAAUGGAGGAUCCCCCUGCAGAUGAACCGAAUUGUGAAAUGGAGUCAAAUCAAAAACCCUCGCCUACAAAAGACUCUGGCAAAACUGGUUUGGGAACAGCAGACUCUGAAACUAUGUUUGACUCGGGAGAGUUGAGGAAAAUAAGAAGUGAAAAAGAAAUCACUUUAUCGCCAGAUAUUAGUAAAGUUGUCAGAAAUAAUGUUUACACUCUAGCAUACUUUGUUCAAAUGGAUCCCGUUCAAAAUUAUCCUACCAAAAUUUGUGACCAACUGCGAGGAUCAAUAUGUCCAGACAGUCGUGUUUAUAGGGAGGGCAUGUCCUUGCUUGAGGAACUUAAAACUGCUGAGACGAACUCACACUUGAGUCCUACUGAUCUGAGGACAGAUGUUGUGGAAAAGGGGGUGGGUAACUUUACAAAUAACCUUGAGGUGAGCAAAAAAGAUCCAGCUUUGGAUUUGAUGCAGGAUUCUCCUGCUUCUACCCAGGGCAAAACCGUGACCUCUGAUGCAGCCGCUGGACACAAUUCCCCCACAGCACUCAAACUCAGGAGAGAGUCUUUCUCCAGGAGAUCCUGGUCUGAUGGGAUCACAGAUAAUGACUCAGGAACAGCACAAACACCCACUACACAGACACCGUUCACAUCUGUGGACACAUCUCCACCUCACUUAUGGAACUCUGUGGAAAGUUCUGGAGAUCUUGGGCGUUUGCAUACGCGGUCGAUAUCUCUGGACACGGGACUGUCUUAUGAGGAGGAGGAUCACAGACUGCAGGGUGCAUUGAGGGCAGGGGCGCAGCGAUGCUUCUACUGUGGGUCCCAGAUUGGCUACGACAAUGGCUGGGCAAAACCUAAACCUGAUCUGUCUUCCAGUCUGCCUUACUCUCUGGAUGAGUUUGAAGACAUGGUGAAAUGUUUGAGGAAGUUCCAGGCAGUUCUGAAAGAAAUUGAAGUGAGACUAGAAGAAGAACACGCAUCCGUGAUCAGAUCUCUGUCAGAUUCCCACAGGGAGGAAGUGGAAGAUGUUUUGAGGCUACGAGAAGCUGUCAAACAUGAAGCUGGGACGCUUGAAAAGCAGCUGUCUGAUCUGGUACAUCACUCUGAUGACAGCAUUAAAAUGAAGCUGAAUCGGCUCAUGGACGAACAGUCUCAGUUGUGCACUCAACUGCAAAUUACCCCCUCUGAUAUGCCUCAUUCAGAGCCCACAUCUACCAGGAGCUUGGCCAUUCAGUGCUGCCUGCCGCCCUUCACGUCCAGUCAACAGCAGUGUGUCCAUCAUCACUGCACCUGUCAUGGGGCAUGUCAAGAUCCACACCGGUUCCCCUGUCAAACCCAAUGGGAGGCCAAUUACAAACCAGACAGGCUAGACUUCGUAGCUUUUAUUAAAAGUUUGAAAAAUUCACUACAACAUUCAAUGAAAAAUAAUUCAUUGGAAUAAGUGAUGCAGCAGUGAUGAAGACCCAUUUCACCGUUUUUUUGAAAGUCACUUAUAAAGUGAAGUGCUGACUCUUGAGCACAGAACUAAUAAAGAAUUAUGUAUAUACUAUUA